AUUGUUUUCUUUUUAUCUUAAUAGAGAUUAACACUCCGAAAAUCUGAAAAUUCAAAACCUAAACCUAAAAAGGAUUCCGACAUUGUAAGAGAGAGGAUAAUCCGCAGAGCAGCAUUGGAAUUUGAAGAUGGCAUGUAUGCAAAUCUGGGAAUUGGUAUUCCAAUGUUGGCCAGCAACUUCAUCAAGAAAGACAUCACAGUACAUCUGCAGAGUGAAAAUGGCGUUCUUGGGCUGGGUCCAUAUCCCACUGAAGAAGAGGUAGAUCCAGACCUUAUCAAUGCAGGUAAAGAAACGGUUACAAUACUUCCAGGAGCAUCCUUCUUUUCCAGCGACGAGUCAUUUGCCAUGAUUAGAGGAGGUCAUGUUGAUCUGACUAUGUUGGGUGCAAUGCAGGUGUCUAUGUAUGGUGAUCUUGCAAACUGGAUGAUUCCUGUGAGUACAGAUGUUUAUAUUUUAUAUAUGUUUUUUUUUGUUUUUUGUUUUUUUUUGUGCUGCAUUUUGUCUUAAAGGGACAGUCAAGUA